GUUGCAGCUGCGCACGAUGCCGGCGGAGGAGCUGCAGCGGGCGCUGCGCAGCCUGGAGACGCGUUACCAGCAGUUCGUGCAGCACGGCGCCCAGGCGCGCUGCUUCGACGACGACGACCGCGCGCAGCUGCAGCGCGACUACGGCGCCUGCACCCAGCAGUACCAGCUGCUGCUGCAAGCCCAGGAGAAAGGCGAGCAGGAGGAGUCGCUGCGGCGCAGCUGCAUCUCGCAGCUGAAGGACAUCCGCCUGCAGCUGGAGAGCUGCGAGAGCCGCACCGUGCACAAGCUGCGCCUGCCCCUCGACAAGGAGCCGGCCGCCGAGUGCAAGCAGCGCAUGGCCGAGCAGGAGGUGGGUGCUGGCUGCAGCGCGCGGCCGUGAGGUGCCGUGCGGUGGGGCACGGCCUGGGGUUGCUGCUGCGCCGUGCAGUGCUGCAUGUCCUAGUGUUAGUGCAGUGCAGUGCUGCAUGGCCCGGGGUCGCUGCUGCAUUGUGCAGUGCUGCAUGUCCCAGUGUCUGUGCUUUGCAGUGCUGCAUGGCUUGGGGGCACCGCUGCACUGGCUUGCAGCGUUGUGCAGUGCUGCGUGUCCCAGGGUCAGAGUUGUGCAGUGCAGUGCUGCGUGUCCAGGUGUCACUGCUGCAUUGUGCAGUGCU